GUAAAUAUUUGCAUUAAUAAAAGUAACUCCUGUAUUUUUGACGUAUCACAGCCUGGAGCAUGGUUGUAACUUCAUUUAUCUGUUCACGUUGAUUUUUUAUUUUCAAUCUUUAUAGGAAAACAUAAUGAGGCGAGACGGAUUAAUUUUUGUGCUGAUUUUAAGUGUGAUUUCUACAUCAUGUGCCAAAAACACGUAUGUAGUGAUGUUUCCGAGGACAAUACGCCCAGGCCUAGAUACAGAGGUUUAUGUCAACAUACUAGAAGCUUCAGGCCCAGUGACGGUGACAGCAAUAUUACAAGACAACAAAAACAAUACAGUAGUGUCGGGUACUAAAGAAAUAUCUGUGGGUACACCUAGUACCGUACAGUUAAAGAUUCCAUUCGACAUAAAAGCUGGACAGGAUUAUGGAUUAAAAAUAGAAGGAACAGGGGGACAGAGAUUUGCAAACUGGUCAAAAGUCAGCUUUCAAACCAAAAGUACAUCAAUCCUGAUCCAGACAGAUAAAGCAAUUUACAAACCAGGCCAGACAAUACAAUUCCGUAUCUUGGGAGUAUAUCCAGAUCUUACUAUCGUCAAUCAAACUUUUGACAUUGACAUUUAUGACCCUAAAGGAAACAAGAUAGCUCAAUGGAGAGACGCAGCAGAAAAGAAUGGUGUUUUUGGUGACAAACUAGUUAUGUCUGACCACCCAGUUCUAGGGGACUGGAAAAUGAAAGUUACACAAGGCGCGGUAGCCGAAGAAAAAGUGUUCACAGUUGAUGAAUAUGUUCUCCCAAAAUUUGAAGUAACAGUGGAUUUACCAUCGUAUGGAUUGACAACAGACUUGGCUUUUCACGGUACUGUAAAAGCAAAAUAUACUUUUGGCAAAUCUGUCAGUGGAAAUGCUAAUAUUAGACUUAAGAAGAAGUACAACCAUAGGUCAUGGGGUUGGAGACAGGACCACCCACAGGAAUAUGUCGAUAGUAUUGAACAAUCAUUUCCGAUUGAUGGCGAAGCCAAAUUUACCUUUUCCUUGGGGCAGUUAAAGAGAUUACAGAAAAAUCUUGCGUACACUGAUUUUGUGGUAGAAGCCAAUGUGACAGAGGGUGUAACAGGAUUAAAGAUGAAAGAUUCAGCAGAGAUUAAAUUUUAUGACACCCCUGCCAAGCUUGAUUUUGUAGAGUCGUUACCAGCAAACUAUAAACCAGGGCUUAUAUAUACAGCACUUCUGAAAGUGACACAACCAGAUGAUAAACCAGUUGUUAAUCCAAGUAGCAGAGUCAAGGUCGAAAUGUUCUACAACGUAGAAGUUAUGACUACUACCACCACAACAACAACAACUACGACGACGACUUCAGCACCACCACUGGAAGACGGAAACCAGACCGAGAUUAUUGAAGCCCUCAUCGAACCGGAAAUUUUUGAUCCAUGGCGCGGACCUCGUAUCGCUCCAACAAAGAGAAUUCCGAUUCCAGUCAUAUAUUUAGACAUUGCACCAGACGGUCUUGUAAAGUUUGAUAUCGAUGUACCAAAUGAUGCUGUUUCCUUUGAUAUUGAGGCAAGAUAUAUGAAAGAGUCGGCAUACAAAUAUUUACAGCCAUUCAAAUCACCCAGCAAAAGUUUCAUCCAAGUUCGUCUUCUAAAUGAAAAACCGAUGGCUGGACAGACAGUUGCAAUUGAUGUUAAAGCUACAGAAGCACCAGAAAAAGUCUUUUAUCAGUUGAUUUCCAAAGGAAGCAUAGUAAAGACAGGAGAAAUUCCAAUGGGAGGUCUCAAUCAAGCAGAGUUUAAAAUAAAAAUUACACCUGAGAUGGCCCCAAAAGCUCGUCUGAUUAUCAAUUACGUAAGACCUGAUGGUGAAAUCGUUACUGACGGAGUGACAUUUAGUGUUGACGGAAUAUUCAAAAAUAAGGUAUCUCUGAAUUUCAUGAAAGAUGAAGUUUUACCUGGUUCCAAUAUGUUAGUAGAUCUAAAAGCUGAUCCCAUGUCUCAAAUUAAUGUACUUGCUGUGGAUAAGAGUGUUCUUCUCUUAAAAACAGGAAAUGACAUCACUGAAGAUCAGAUAACAAAGGAGCUACAGUCAUAUGAUAACAGUGGAGGAGGAUAUUAUCCAUAUUACGCUAGAAUGUGGUACUGGCCAAGCACAGGCAGAGAUGCUACGGACGUGUUUGAUAAUAAUGGAAUGGUUGUUCUGACAGAUGCGUUAUUGUAUAAUUAUCAAGAACCAUUCCGUCCCAUAAUGUUGCGAAGAGGAGGAGCUGUUCUGCAAGCUAUGCCUAUGAUGGCUCAAAUGGCACCAGAAAUGUCCGAAAUGGGACGACCUUCCCCUAACAAUCUCAAACCUGUGACAAAAGUCAGAAAACUAUUCCCAGAAACAUGGCUCUGGCAAAAUGUCUCAUCAGGUGACACAGGAAAAACAACAAUAAAUGUUAAAGUUCCCGAUACUAUUACUUCAUGGGUAGCAACAGCUUUUGCAGUCAAUCCAGAGUCUGGACUUGGACUGACAGCCCAACCAUCAAACUUGAAUGUAUUCAUGCCGUUCUUUAUGCAGUUAGUACUACCAUAUUCAGUUGUACGAGGAGAACUUGUAGUUUUACAGGUCAACGUUCACAACUAUUUGGCAAAAAAUGAAUGGGUUUUAGUGAUAUUAGAGCAAAAUAAUGCUAUGCAAAAUGAGAUAACUUACAGCUCUGGAGUUAGGAAAAGAAUGCAUGCUAAAGUAGGCAGAUGGAUUAAGUUGCGGAAGGGAGGAAUUGGCUCGGCCUUCUUCCCAAUUGUCCCAAUUGAAGUUGGGCAAUUAAAGAUUUCAGUUACUGCCAGAACAGCAUCUGCGUCUGAUGCCGUAGAGAAGAAUCUUCUUGUAGAGCCUUCUGGGACACCUCAGGAAUAUAACAUUCCUGUACUGAUUGACUUGAAGACUGUUGGUACAUUUAAUAAAACAGUAAACAUUACCUUCCCGGCCAAUACUACUGCAGGGUCUAGGCGUGUGACAGCAUCUGUGAUAGGUGAUUUGAUGGGACCUUCAAUUAAUGGUUUAGAGAAAUUGAUUAAAAUGCCUUAUGGUUGUGGAGAGCAAAACAUGUUAAAUUUUGCACCAAAUAUUUUUGUACGAAGAUAUUUGAAUGUCACAAAUAAUCUAAAAUCUAAUAUGGAUUCUAAAUCAAAAGAGUAUAUGAUCAAAGGAUAUCAAAGAGAGCUGACUUACCAACAUGAUGAUGGGUCCUUCAGUGCUUUUGGAAACAGCGAUAAAUCUGGUACUACAUGGCUUACUGCAUUUGUCGUUAAAUCGUUUGCUCAAGCAUCUGAUGAUAUAUUCAUUGACGACAAAUUAUUUCAUAAAGCACUAGAUUGGCUUGUGUUACAACAAAAUGAAAUUGGAACAUUUAAAGAACCUGGGAAAGUUUUACAUAAAGCUAUGCAGGGUGGAUCAGCGGCAGGCGAGAGAUCUUUAACAGCAUUUGUACUGAUUGCAAUGAAGGAAGCAGACGUCAUUCAAGGGGCCAGCGACCGAACUGCAAGAUCUGUCAAACGGGCAACAACCUACCUUGAGGGAGAGGUAGACAGGUUGAUUGACACUUACGAAAUGGCAAUAGUAUCGUAUGCUCUGAAACUUGUGAACAGUCCAAAGGCAAUCAUCAUAUUAGACAGACUAAAAAUGUUAGCUGUAGACGAAGAUGGUACUAGGUACUGGAAACAUAAUGCUAAAGAGUCCAACGAACAAAAGUAUUUAGAUUGGAAUCCUCCACACAGUCAGUCAAAUGCUAUAGAUAUUGAACUGACUUCAUAUAUUCUUAUGAACUAUGCAAUGAACAAUGAUGUCGACAAUGGUUUACCAGUACUACGGUGGUUGACUUCACAACGAAAUCCUAAUGGUGGAUUUUCAUCAACACAAGACACAAUUAUUGCAUUACAAGCUUUAGCAGAAUUUGCUGGGGAGAUAUACUCCGCUGACUUCAACAUGGAAAUAACUAUAAAAAGCCUACAGGGUGAAAAAUUUGAAGAUACACAUAUCAUUACUCGAGAUAAUGCCCUAGUGCUAAAAGCAUUUGAGAUUCCAACUGGAGUAAAAGAACUAACAGUAUUUGCAAAGGGAAAAGGAGUUUCUUUAGCGGAGGUUGCUGUGUAUUUCUACACUGCUGAUGACAUUAAAACUUCAGCAUUUGAUAUAAAUACAACAAUAUCAGAAGAAACAACAAAAGGAUUAAGGCUACAAGUGUGUGGAAGAUGGCGUAGAGAUGGCGAAACCGGAAUGUCUAUAAUGGAAAUUGGAAUACCAUCAGGAAUGACACCAGAUUAUGACUCGCUUGAUUUUUCAUUAGCUCCAGAGUAUAAACGAAAAGAAGAAUUAUUUAGAAAGCUAGUAUUGUAUUUUGACAAGUUUGAUGCCAAAGAACAAUGUGUGUCGCUACAUAUUGUACGAACUGAUCGAGUGGCAGAGCUGCAACCAUCCCCUGUCAGAAUAUAUGACUAUUAUGAGCCGAGUAAACAAAAGACUACAUUUUAUUCAUCAAAAUUAUUGGAAAGUUCUACUUUAUGUGAUGUGUGUGGUAAGGAAUGUUUCUGCAAAGAGAAAUAAGAAGAUACUGAUAUGCGUUAGUCAUUGAUAUAGAAUGUUAUGUUACAUUUUGAAGCACUAUAAUGAUUUAGAUACGUUUGUUGUUUUAUUUUUAUGUUAGUGUAAAAAAUAUUCAAAUACUAAAGGACAUUACAUCUUGUACAUUUAACGAAUUGAAAUCUGACAUAAACAGGUAGCGCUUAUAUAAUCUGUCUCCUGGUCAUGUUAGAUUUAAUUAUCAGGAUUGAAAAAAAAAAAACAUGCCUUGAUAUAUUAUAAAUAUAUUAGGAAUGACAACUACAUUUUAUUAUCAGCAUAAAAAAUAUAAUAUUAGUUUAAAAAGUUGAAUACUAGUGAGUAUAUCAAAAUUCAUUUUCAUGUCAUUUUGUGAUUUUACACAACAAAGCAGCUGAUAUGUAUGUGUAUAUUCAGUAAGACUUCAAUGUGCCUAAAACGUACCCAAUAAUCAAUUGAACAUAUCUUACAUAAUUUAGUUAAUUUUCUAUUCUUUCUUAAUAUGUUUGAACGACAUCUAAAAUAAAGCAAUCCAUUCCUCCGAACAAAAUCAUAUGUUUACGUGGUAACUUUAACGCAAAUAAGUAAACUAAACAAUUGUAAAAACGGUUUAUAUAGUGUUGUAAGAUAGUAUCAAAACCGUCUAUUUUUUGGUAUAUCAUCGAAUAGUCAAAAUUUGUGAGAAUACUGAGAAAUGUGUGUACGUUUGAAUGUAAAUUGUAUUUUGUUGUAUGUGAUGUGUGUUAAAACAAUUGAUAUAAACAAUACUUACAUAAUGUUAUAGCAUUUUAUAAAUUUUGAAUUCUACGUGCCUUUUGUAAUAAAUUUCAUGUAUGAUACAA